CUUGAAACCUUUAAAAAAUCUAUGGAGAAUAGAAUUCCAACCUCCAUAUUCACUGACCCAAGACCAAGCUAUGGCUACUGCAAUUGAGCGGGUAUUGCCAGACACAAGGCAUAGGCUAUGCAUAUGGCACUUAGAACAAAAUGCAAUAACACGAUUUGGAGCCCUUAAAAGGGAUAAUGAGUUCAAAAAAAUAUUCAACAAAUGCUUGAAGGGAUGUGUGACAGAAACAGAAUUUGAAGAAAGAUGGAAAGAAAUGAUACAAAAAUUUGAUUUGGUUAAUCAUGCAUGGUACCAAAGGGUGUACAAUCUAAAGGAAAAGGUGUCCAGCAUUUAGUAAAGAUUUCUUCUCGGCAGGAAUUCUUUCAUCACAAAGAAGUGAAAGUACGAACCAUGCAGUAGGAUUCAGAGCUAAUAAAUCAACAACACUGACAGAAUUCUAUAGAAUCCUUGUAAGAACCAUAAAAAGAUGGAGAAGUGAUGAGAAGUAUAAUGAGUUUACCUGUAGCAAAUCAAUAGCCUUUACUUCAUUGCCACUAUCCGGAAUGCUAAAGCAUGCUGCUCAGGUUUACACAUUGUCUCUAUUUAGAGACUUUGAAGAGGAAUUUGGCUACUCAAUGGCGACCACAGUACAAAUUCUAGGGAGAAUUGAAGAAAACAUUAUUCUUUAUGAAGUAUCGCUAGAAGAAAAGCCAUGGUCUUCCCAACAGGUAAGUUACAUACAUGAGAGCCAAGCUAUAUGGUGCACUUGCAAGAAUUUCGAAGCUUCUGGUUGGCUAUGCUAUCACUGCCUAAUAAUUUUACAUCUACAUUCUAUUACAAGAAUUCCAGAGAAGUACAUUAGCAAAAGAUGGACAAAGCUUGCAAAAACUGAAGUAUGGAAUAUAAUGGAAAAUAAGGAUCCAAAACUCCCAUAUACACCAUGGAGACAUACAAUGAUGAGAAAAUAUUAUAAAUUAAUCUUAAAGAGUCAAGAAAAUGAAAAGGCAAGAGCAUUCAUGGAGGAAAACUUCAAAAAUUGUAUGAAAAUGGUGGAAGAAUUACUUGCGGCCGAAGCUUUUACAGAGGAGGUUGCUGCAAGUGAUGACAAUUCUAAUGUGGCAGAGUGCUCAGAGUACCAAUAAUACUGCUUCUUCAUCAACAAGUACAACCAUACCCACUAUAUUAGACCCUAAGAGAGCUGUAACAAAGGGAAGAAGCAAGAGAGCAAAAGGAGCACUUGAAAAAGGGAAGAAAUCAAAGCAAAAAGCAUUACCAGAUCCAAAUUCAGAGUUUGGAUCGAAGACACCUACUGUACGAAUUUUUUGAACUUGUAGUGAGUUUGGAUGAAACACAAUUGAAUACUUUUUUGUAGUGAUUUUAUUUUUGUUUAAUGCUACUAUUGACUUUCAUACAGAAUUUUGAAUUGUGAUAUGGAAUUGCUCAUGAAUU